GCCAGGACCACUCUUUGAGUUAUCCCAGCCCUAUACUUAUUAUUAUCUUUGGUUUUGACCACCAGACCGGCCACAGUGAAAUGUCAAAAAUUUGUUGAUUGAUUUACCAAAUCAAAAACAGAAGUGCUAAACCUAAAUAUUAUAGAAAAAUAAUAUUGUGCUACGGUUAAUCUUCUGCGUUGCAGUGUUUUUACUUUACAUCUCAUUUAUUCAUUUUUUUUUAUUUCGCGCAAUAAUUCUAUACAUUUGUUGACAUUUGCACUCUUCAUAGAACUGUUUUUGAUUGGAUUUUUUGAAGACUUGCAUCAGAAGAUUUCGCUAAAUAAUGGCGGCAGAACAAAAUAUAUGGUCAGAGAAUAAAAAAAUAUGUCGCAUUUGUUUGCACAUAGAUCCACGAGCACUAGACAUGUUCAAGAGUUAUUAUGAAGAAAGGGAUACUUUAUAUUGCGAUAUGUUGGCAUAUUGCAGCAAAGUAAUGGUCAACAUGAAAGACGGCUUGCCUCCAUAUCUGUGCCGCAAUUGCAUAGCACAUCUUAUAGAUGCCUACGAGUUCAAUUUGGAAUGCGAAGAGACUGAGAAAAACUUUCAUUGGUUGCUCACAAUAUUGGAUUAA